UGUCUGUGCUACGUCAGGAAGAGCAACUACUUCCAGCAAGCCAUGAAGCAAGCAGCCAGCCGCUCUGAGUCACCCAACCUGGAGUUCCUCAAGGCGUUGAGCGGGUUCCUCAUGAUGCUGACUCAGGGAGGGAAGCUGCUGUACAUCUCAGACAACGCAGCCGAGUACCUGGGCCACUUAUGUAUUAACACACCACAGGAGGACCUCCUCAUACACGGGGACAGUGUGUACGACAUUAUAGACAAGCAGGACCACGCGGCGGUACAGGCGGAGCUCGUCAGGACAGGUCACACGUCCCAACACCACCAUGACGAUGACCGACUCUUCCUCUGUCGCAUGAACGUGUCCAGGAACGCCCGAAGACAGAUGAGGUUCGGCGACCAGAAGGUGGUGCUGGUGGCAGGACAUUACCUGUCGUACCUGCCGCUGUGCUCCAGGAACGAGCCAGUGUUCCUCGCCCACUGUACGCCCGUCGCCAUGCCAGAGACCCGAGAGAGCGUCGUGCAGGGCGCCACCAACGUCUUCACCUCCGUCCACACCCUCGACAUGAAGUUCAUCAACCUCGACAGAAAGUGA